AUGUUUUGCAAUAUUCGGGAAAGUACCCAUAAGAUUCUGGAACAGAAAACUCAGUUUAUGACAAAUGAUACUUUCCAAUCUCUGCAUGAGGCUCCACACAUUAUGUCUGACAAUACUACUUGCUUUUCUUCACUAUGA